CUUGAGCUCAGAGCCAGUGUAAUCCUCCUCUUGUGUGAGGGAGCCUCUCCCCUGCAGAGAGGAGGAAAGCCUGCCUCAGAACAGCCCUGGACAAAGGGGCUCAGAUGCCCCAUCAUACUGCAGACUCCAAGGUUUGAAACAAGGGGAUGAAUCCUAUACGGUAUUUGCAGUUUUUAACCCCUUCCCCAGGCUAGCUGUGCCCCUUAACUUCCACUCCUCCCCCAACUCUCUCUUCAUUCCUUCUGCUCCCUCCCCCUUCAUGCCCCUCCCCCUCUGUCUGUCUUCAGACUCUGCUGCUGGGAGGUGUUUCUCUCCCAUGCAUGAAUGAGUCUCUGUAAUGAAUGGAAAUGAAUGGAUCAGGAAUCCAGGCAGAGGGAGGGAGAAUGAAGGGGGGAAAGACAGAAAGGGUAAGGGCAGAAGGAAGCACUGUGGAACCUGGAAGGAUGUGUGGCUGGCUGGUCAGGGUUCUCAGAGCAACUGGUCCCACUUGGAUAACUGGGGAGCAUGUCAAGCCCACCCCAUUUGCUCACCACACUGUACAGCCCAACCUACAUGGGAGGAGGGCAUACUGUGAUGGUUUUCCCUACCACCAGGGGGUAGGGUGGUAGCUGUGGUUGUUCUAGACCGUGCAUUUAAAAUACAGAAUUUGGGGAAGCGGUCUGAAUUAUCUGGGAGGCUGGUGGGCUUAGCAAAUCAAGGGGUACAGCUUUUGAGUAAAGCAGCCCUUUCGUGCCUCAAGAUGCAAGUAGGGAGAAGGGAUUGGUUUUUGGAAUACAGAGUGCUGAGAGUCUAGGGGUAGGGAGUGACUUUACUGCUGAAAACUAGGGCUCACUUUUCCUCCAAAUCUGUCUCUUGCUUUAGCUCCACAGCACCUGUUGCCUUCAUUAGCAGCCUUUCCUCCUCUUCCCUGCACUCCCCAGAACCAAAGAAUGUGAAGGGGGUCCAUGGAGAAGUUAACUCCUUGGCCCUGACAUCUCGAUUCCCACACAGCCCCCCCAACUUCCCGAGAUCUUUCUCCACAGGGCUCACGUCCCCGCGCCCCGAGCGGCCACUCGUCGCCGCCAGCUUUCGACGGCGAGCUGGAUCUGCAGCGAUACUCCAACGGGCCAGCCGUGAGCACAGGGUCACCUGGGAUGGGAGCAGUGAGCUGGUCUGAGAGUCGUGCAGGCGAACGGCGCUUCCCCUGCCCUGUAUGCGGGAAGCGCUUCCGCUUCAACUCUAUCCUGGCUUUGCACCUGCGGGCACACCCAGGCGCGCAGGCCUUCCAGUGCCCUCACUGCGGCCACCGUGCGGCGCAGCGGGCUCUGCUGCGUUCGCACCUGCGCACACACCAGCCCGAGCGCCCACGUAGUCCUGCUGCACGCCUGUUGCUGGAGUUGGAAGAGCGUGCGCUACUGCGCGAGGCCCGACUGGGGAGAGCCCGAAGCUCAGGGGGCAUGCAGGCCGCCCCUGCCACUGAGGGCUUGGCGCGGCCCCAAGCUCCUUCAUCGUCCGCCUUCCGUUGCCCCUACUGCAAAGGCAAGUUUCGCACCUUGGCGGAGCGGGAACGCCACCUGCACAUCCUGCACAGGCCCUGGAAGUGCGGCCUGUGCAGUUUCGGCGCCAGCCAGGAGGAGGAGCUGCUGCACCACAGCCUGACCGCCCACGGAGCUCCCGAGCGCCCUCUGGCGGCCACCUCCGCUGCGCCCCAGCCUCAGCCUCCACCCCAGCCCGAACCCAGAUCGGUCCCUGAGCCGGAGCCAGAGCCGGAGCCUGAACGUGAGGCAAACCCGGCCCCAGCUCCUGCAGCUCCCGAGGAGCCCCCAGCGCCUCCGGAGUUCCGCUGCCAAGUGUGCGGCCAGAGCUUUACACAGUCGUGGUUUCUCAAGGGCCACAUGCGCAAACACAAGGCCUCCUUCGAUCACGCGUGUCCCGUGUGCGGCCGCUGCUUCAAGGAGCCCUGGUUCCUUAAGAACCACAUGAAGGUGCACGCCAGCAAGCUGGGCCCGCUGCGCGCCCCGGGGCCUGGCUCCGGGCCUUCUCGGGCUCCCCAGCCUCCUGACCUGGGCCUGCUGGCCUAUGAGCCGUUGGGUCCAGCGCUCCUGUUGGCCCCGGCGCCUACCCCGGCCGAGCGCCGUGAACCCCCGAGCCUCUUGGGCUACCUGAGCCUGCGAGCUGGCGAGGGCCGGCCCAAUGGCGAGGGUGCUGAGCCCGGGGCCGGCCGCAGCUUCGGAGGCUUCCGCCCGCUAUCCUCUGCUCUCCCGGCCCGGGCUCGCCGGCACCGUGCGGAGGAGCCCGAGGAGGAAGAGGAGGUGGUGGAGGCCGAGGAGGAGACCUGGGCCCGGGGCAGGUCAAUGGGGCCUCUGGCUUCCCUGCACCCGCGCCCGGGUGAGGGACCUGGGCACUCUGCUCCUGCUGCUGGGGCCCAGGCGAGAUCGACCGCCACGCAGGAAGAGAAUGGGCUGUUGGUUGGAGGGACCAGGCCUGAAGGGGGCCGGGGCGCCACCGGCAAGGAUUGUCCCUUCUGCGGAAAAUCUUUCCGCUCGGCACAUCACCUCAAAGUGCAUCUGCGAGUGCACACAGGCGAGCGGCCCUACAAGUGUCCGCACUGCGACUACGCGGGCACCCAGUCCGGCUCGCUCAAGUAUCACCUACAGCGCCACCACAGGGAGCAGAGGAGUGGGGCCGGCCCCGGGCCACCCCCGGAGCCACCGCCCCCUUCCCAGCGGGGUUCAGCCCCGUCAUCUGGAGCCAAGCCGUCUCCGCAGCCUGCGACCUGGGUGGAGGGCGCCUCAAGCCCCCGGCCUCCUUCUAGCGGUGCUGGGCAGGGGUCCCGUCGGAAGCCCGCCAGCCCUGGGAGGACCCUGCGCAACGGGCGAGGCGGUGAGGCCGAGCCCCUGGACCUGUCCCUGCGGGCAGGGCCGGGAGGCGAGGCCGGGCCGGGGGGUGCCCUCCACCGCUGCCUCUUCUGCCCUUUCGCCACUGGAGCCCCGGAGCUCAUGGCCUUGCACCUUCAGGUGCACCACAGCCGCCGGGCUAGGGGCCGCCGGCCACCUCAGGCUGACGCGUCCCCACCCUAUGUCCGAAUACCAUCAGGGGAGACCCCUCCCAGUCCUUCGCAGGAAGGGGAGGAGGGUUCUGGGCUGUCCAGACCGGGAGAGGCAGGGCUGGGGGGGCAAGAACGGUAGUGAGCCCUCAGGGGCGAUUAGCUUAGUGAGCUUACCCCGCCGGAGCGGGGGAGCGCUAGAGGUAGUUGGGUAGAGACGCCAGCAGGGGGCAGCGUGGGACCCAUAUCCCAGCCCCAGGCGGACCAGAGGUGGAGGGGGCGGCGGGCGUAGGAGGGUGGGCUGGUGGUACCCACCCAGCCCAAGGGAGUCACAGUGCCUUAGAAGUGGCAGAGGUGAGGGUCAAAGAACGGAGUCCCAGGGCUGGCAGAGAGGGUUUGUGUCCCGGUUGAGGAGCCACUCUGCCAGUCUUUGCUGGUCCAUAGGCGUGAGAGUUUAUUUUUGUACAAGGGGUGAGGGUGGGGGGGCACUGUACCCUUCUAGCCCCAUCAGGGGCCCUGUAGACGUUGCUAUUUUUGGUACGAUUCCUGUCAUCCCUGUCGCAGAGUCGUGUCCCCAAUAAACAGGUGUCUUGAGGCACAGAGCCCUG